UUUGUUCAACAACACGCUCAACACUCACAACAAUUAAAAAUGAAUAAUCCAGGGCAAUCAACACAUCCUCGUUAUCACAUGAAUAAUAUGGUUAAUAUGGCUAAUAUGCAAGGAGGACAAGGAAUGAUUCCUAAUUCUCAAACAGUCAUUAGAAAACGGAAUAUGGCGGAUAAUUCAACGAUUAACGUUCAACAAGCCAA